AUGUCAAGGGUUCCAAGUCCGCCACCUCCAGCAGAAAUGUGGAGUGGCCCUGCAGCUGAGAGCUGGUGCCACACUGAGAUCAAGGUAGUGAAAUUCUCCCACAUGUGGACCAUCAGUAACUUUAGCUUUUGCCCACAGGAAGUGGGUGAAGUCAUUCAGAGUUCAACCUUUUCAUCAGAAGCCAUUGAUCAACUGAAAUGGUGUUUGAGAGUAUACCCAAAAGGGCUAGAUGAAGACACCAAAGAUUACCUGUCACUUUACCUGUUUCUGGUCACUUCUCCAAAGCGCAUAUUUUUGGCAAAAUUCAAACUCUCCAUCCUGAAUGACAAGGGAGAAGAAAUCAAAGGUUUGGAGAGUCACCGGGCAUAUAGCUUUGUACAAGGCAAAGACUGGGGAUUCAAGAAAUUCAUCCGUAGGGAUGUUCUUUUGGAUGGAGACAAUAGUCUUCUCCCUGAUGACAAGCUGACCCUCUUCUGUGAAGUGAGUGUGGUGCAAGAUUCCGUCACCAUUUCUGGCCAGAAUACCAUGAAGAUGGUGAAGAUCCCUGAGUGCCAGGUGGCCGAUGAGCUAGGAGGACUUUGGGAAAAUUCCUGGUUCACAGACUGCUGUUUUUGUGUUGCUGGCCAGGAAUUCCAGGCUCACAAAGCUAUCUUAGCAGCUCGUUCUCCAGUGUUUAGGGCCAUGUUUGCACAUGCAAUGGCGGAGAGCAAAAGGAAUCGGGUUGAAAUAAUCGACAUGGACCCUGGAGUUUUUAAGGAGAUGAUGUGCUUCAUUUACACGGGGAAGGCUCCGAACCUGGACAAAAUGGCUGAUGGUUUGCUGGCAGCUGCUGACAAGUAUGCCCUGGAGCGUUUGAAGGUCCUGUGUGUGGAAGCCCUCGGCACACACCUCUCUGAGGAGAAUGCUGCAGAAAUGCUCACCUUGGCUGACCUCCACAGCGCAGAUCAACUGAAAACUCAGGCAGGGGAUUUCAUCCACUCUCAUGCUGAGGGUGUCUUGGAGACCGAAGGGUGGCAGGCAAUGGUGGCAUCCCAUCCCCACUUGGUGGCUGAGAUGUACCGCUCUCUGGCUUCAGCACAGGGCGCCUGUCUGGGACCCCCACACAAGUGCCCAAAGCAGUCCUGAGAUCCUGCCUGUUGUAAGACUCCUUUGAUUUUCCAGAAGCAGCAGCCACUGUUGCCGCCAUUGAGCAACUGGUAGACAGCACAAUCUGUGGAGUUUUCGACUGCUGUCGGGGGAAGUCUGCAUCUCGACCCAAGAUUUUUAGUUUUAUUAUUUUCCUUAAAGAAAUGAUAUUUUCAAGUGUAUCUUUACUGAUUUCAGAGAGGAAGGGGUAGGGAGAGAGGGAGAAACAUCAGCGAUGAGAGCGAAUCUUCCGUAAGCUGAUUCCUGCAUGCACCCUACUGGAGAUCAAACCCACAACCAAGGCAUCUACCCUGACCACCACUGGAUCCUUGACCUCCUGGGUCAUAGACUGACACACACCGACUGAGCAACACUGGCCAGGCUGAGCAUAUUUUCUUCCAUAGAUUUUAGAGG